CAUGCCAACGGGGUUGUUAGUGCAUGCGUCGAACGAGCACGUUUCGUAGGAAUCGUUCGCUCGCUCGCUGUGGUGCGAGAUUUCUCUCGGGAGUCUGUGGAGAGCCAGAUGUCCCAAGUCCCACUGCUGUAACCCGGGAUCCGCCAUUCCUUCCGUUUGUACCAAAGUGAAGUAAACGAGUUACUUGACUGCCUUGCCUAGUGAUUAUAGUUAACUGUGCGAUUGGAAUUGAGAGAAUAGCAAGUGAUAAAAUGUGAUUUGUUUGCGAUUGGAGUUGAUAGCACGCUGUAUGCCACGCUAGCAGGAAAUGGGUACCGCGUUCACCGUUCAAUGACGACGCUGUUGUCGACGACCGUGGCGAGCCAUACUUUCACAUUUCGUCGAUCCGCUACGCUGCUGGCGGAAAGUGAAAACCUGUAGCGACCAUCGCCCGGAAGAACCCGGUUGCUGUAUUGCUCUACCGAUGGCGAAGUCUGGUUCAAAGUUCUUACGUAAUAGCCCGCGAUGGUCCACGCUUUGUCCCGUGCUGCUGUACGUCCUGUUCAUCCUGUGUAUCCUGCUGUUGGUGUUUUCGUCGCAGCAAAGCAAAGGUUCAACCGCAAAGUAUAAGCCGCCCAUUCGCGUGGACGAAGGUGACGCUCCAUCACCCUUAGUAUACAGAAAGUUAGAAGAAAGCGUAGUGAAUGAACUAACCACCGCCUUUACGAGGGCUGAUACCAAUGCGGACAAGUUUCUAACCGUCCAGGAGCUGGCAAAGUAUAUCAACUUCAAAAUCCGAGAGCACAUCGACGAUGCCAUCCGUACGAAUCCGACCAUGUUCGUCGAGAUCGAUCACGAUCCGAGAGAUGGGUUGGUCAGCUGGGAGGAAUACCAGAUGUACUGGAUGCGCGAGAAGGGCAUCGACGGUGAUAGCCACAUGAAGAAGAGCGUCUUCGAUAAGCUAGAUCGCCGGGUGAAAGAAUCGAUCGCACGUGACAAAGCACUGUGGAUGGAAGCGGCCCGUACCGAUCCACUAAGUCUCACGCUGGAUGAAUUCCUUUCGUUCCGUCACCCGGAGUCCAGCACCGUCAAUCUGCUCAACCUGGUCGACGAUAUCCUGCGCCAGUUCGAUGUGGACGGAGAUGACCACCUGACGGUGGAAGAAUUUUCCGACGUCCAGACGACGGAUCUGGGCGAAGGGAAAAAGUUCAUUUUGUCACAAAAUGUGCGCGAAAGGAAGGAGGAAUUCACGAAGGUGAUCGACCGGAACCGGGACGGCAAAGCGGACCGCGGGGAGCUACUGUCCUACGUUGAUCCGCGGCAUCCACGGUACGCCAUACAGGAGGCAUCGACGCUGUUCUCGCUCGCCGAUGCCAAUAACGAUAAGAAGCUCUCUAUGAACGAGAUACUGGCCAAAUCUGCAAUAUUCAUGUCAUCCAAAAUGGUGCAUACGGGAGAGAGUUUCCAUGAUGAAUUUUAAAGUAAUGUUUUUAGAGUAAAACAACAGCAAGGAUUUGUAAGGAUGACAAUCAUCCAAAAAGUGAUGCAUAUCUGUGAA